AUGCGCGCCUACAACCGAAGACGAGCAGCCAGAGACGACGAUAAGGCUCUAAGUAUUUCUACUACUGGAGAGGAGAUCUUUCUUCAGCUCUUCCUCCUCGUAGCAGUCCUGAGCUUGGAGGGGCUCCCGCGCAAACCGAAGGAGUGGGAAAAAUGCUUUAUUGACUCUGACUACGAAGAAUUGCUGGACAUUGCCACAAAUGGGUUGGAAGAAGCAUGUUAUUCAAAGAAGGUGGUGAUUGUCGGGGCAGGAAUCAGUGGCCUCACUGCUGCCUUACUGCUGAAAGAAGCUGGUUGCAAGGUCAUGAUUCUGGAAGCCAGUAACCGCGUGGGAGGACGUAUCUUGACCCAUCGAGAGGGAGAUUGGUACGCGGAGCUGGGAGCCAUGCGUUUGCCAAGAAACGAUAGGAUUGUGCGUGUAUUUAUUACCAGAUUCGGACUUAAACUGAACCCUUUCUAUAAUACUAAUGUCAAUGCCUGGUAUUUG